AUUUGGGAGAGGUGGCAAGCUCUUGGGGGGGAUGCCUGCAGGGGUCCUGCUGCUGCUGCCGUCUCACCCCGUCUCUCUCUUGGUUGCAGGCCCGAUCGCCAUGAAGAAGACGCACACAUCACAAAUAGAAGUGAUCCCGUGUAAGAUCUGCGGGGACAAAUCGUCAGGGAUUCACUAUGGGGUCAUCACCUGUGAAGGCUGCAAGGGGUUUUUCCGCAGAAGCCAGCAGGGCAACGUGACGUACUCUUGCACCCGCCAGCAGAACUGCCAGAUCGACCGGACCAGCCGCAACCGCUGCCAGCACUGCCGGCUGCAGAAAUGCCUCAGCCUGGGGAUGUCCCGAGACGCCGUCAAGUUCGGCCGCAUGUCCAAGAAGCAGCGCGACAGCCUCCACGCCGAGGUGCAGAAGCAGCUGCAGCAGCAGCAACAGCAGCAGCAGCAAGGCGGCGAAGUGGUGGCCCCGGCCUACUCCCUGGGCCUGGCUAACGGGCAACUCAAGCUGGCCUCCUCCCCGGACCUGCUGGAGUCCUCCGCCUGCUCCACGGCCCUCCUGAACGGACAGGCGCGGCUGAGCCACUCUCCGGACGAGACAGCGGUUCUGGCCUACCCCAACGGACUGGCCAAGGGCCACAGCCGGCUGAGCGACAACCUGCGCGGCCCCUUCGCCAGGGACUACAGCCCCGAGCGGAUCAAGAUGGAGAGCAGGGCCAGCGUCUUCUACGCCCUGGAGAUGCAGGCGUCGCCGGACCUCUCCCGGCUGGACAUCGGCGGGGGCAAGCGGGGCCAGGCCGGGGGCGACGUCGGGGAGACCGUCGACUUCUACACGAGUCCCAACUUCACCAGCCUCCUGGAGUCGCCCAAUUCCUCGGUGACUGAGAUCGAGCACCUGACCCAAAACGUCCUCAAGUCCUACCGGGAGACCUGCCAGCUGCGCCUGGAAGACCUGCAGCUCCUGAGGCUGGAGACGUUCUCGUGGGAGGAAGUCAGGAGCUACCAGAAGAAGUCCAUGGAGGAGAUGUGGGAACGCUGUGCCUGCCGCAUCACGGAAGCCAUCCAGUACGUGGUGGAGUUUGCCAAGCGGAUGGGCGGCUUCAUGGAGCUGUGCCAAAAUGACCAGAUCGUGCUUCUGAAAGCAGGCGCCAUGGAAGUGGUUCUGGUGCGAAUGUGCCGUACCUUUAAUUCGGAGAACAGGACGGUCUUCUUCGAGGGCAAAUAUGCAGGCCCCGAGCUCUUCAAAUCACUUGGGUGCAACGAGCUCAUCAACUCCAUCUUCGACUUCGCUCACAGCCUGUGCUCGCUGCACUUCUCCGAGAAUGAGAUCGCCCUCUUCACCGCCCUGGUGCUCAUCAACUCAAAUCGGCCGUGGCUGCAGGAGAAGGGCAAGGUGGAGAGGCUGCAGAAUAACCUGGAACUGGCCUUUAAACACAUGUUACGGAAAACCCACCGGGAAGGCAUCCUGGCCAAGCUGCCGCCCAAAGGGAAGCUGCGCAGUCUGUGUUACCAGCACGUGGAGAAGCUGCGGUCCUUCCGGCAGAUGUACCCCAUCAUCGUCCACGCCGUGUUCCCCCCGCUCUACAAAGAGCUCUUCAGCUCCGAGUGCGAGCUCCAGGGAGCGGUGGCAGAAUGAUCCCCGCGGGAGGCCGGUGCCCAGAGACCGACUCCCAUCUCGCGCCGGUCUGUCGCCCCCGCCACCCCGGGAUGGGAGGUUGCGGGGGAGAGGGGGGUGGACCAAAUUAGAACCUGCUCCCUCCCAUCCCCUCCCAAACAGCACAGCAGAGGGCUGCGGUGCAGGAGGGGGUGCGGGCAAGUGAUCAGAGCAGACAGCUGGGAGCCAGGACUCCUGGGUUCCAUGCCCGCCUCUGCCACCAACCUGAGCAAGUCACUGCCCCUUUCUCUGCGCCUCGUUCCUCUCUCUACAAUGCAGGGGGGAGGGAGACCCCCUCCCACACACUCCAUGGAGGUGGUGGGGUGAUGCUUAAAUAACCUCGUGCAGCUCUUGGAGGGUCUCAGCUGGCAGGUGCUACCGAGGCACAAAGUAUUACUGGGGAGACGCCCCAAGCCGAGACCCCAGUGGGGCUGAGAUCAAGGAGGUCGCUAGCUUUUGCUGUAACAUAUUCAGGGCCAAGGAAAAUACACUGCCCACCAUAUUACUCCAGUGACUAGAAUCUAGUGACCGGCCCGGGUAGUUCAAAUACCUCAAUUUUUAUUUUUAUUUUUAUUUUUUUUGGGUGUCCUUACAGAUUUAUGGCAGGAGACUUUUUAACCAAGCUGUUUUAAAAUAAUAAUUGUACAUAACAUAGAGAUCUAUUUUUAAACGUUUGCCUUUACGUCUAUUCUGCAGCGCCAGGGGACCAGCCCCCCCUCCCGCCCCCUUGCCCAAGCUCUUGUAUUUCUUAUUAAUAUCCAGCAAUUGACCAGAAAGUUUGCAUUGCACUCUGCUGCCCCCUGCUGGAAAGAAUCCUCAUCCCCAUGAAAUUCUCAGGGUUUGAAACCCAACAAUAUGUUUUUACUCAUAGUAAAAUAGAUAUAUAUAUAGAUACUGUAUAAAGUUAAUAUAAUAAAAGGCUGGUUUUUAAUGUUAAGGCUAUUUUUGGAAAGCAACAGAUUCUAAUUUUCUUAAGUACGGGGCUUUUACUGAGUGGGAGCUGAUGGUUGUUUACAAGGGGAGUGAUGUUCAAAAUCGCCUUUUUCUAAAAGAGCUUUUGUAACCCAGUAAAAGGAUUCGGAUUGAAAAUAGCUGGGGGUUUGUACAGCUGGGAUUCGGAAGUACAGCCACCGCGGCGGGAGUCCGUCCAUGGACCUCAGCCGGCCUUGGAUCAAGCCAGUAGAUCAGGCAGGCACAUGCCUAACUUCAAGGCCAUGGUUGGCCCCAUUGAUUUCACAGGCCAUUGCCCCAUAGACGCUGCGUGACAUCGCUCUGAGGGGACAGCUUGGUCAAAAAAAAAAGGUUCUCCGUGACUUAGGAGCUAAGUCCCAUUUUCAGAAGGGGACUUGGGUACUUCGGCCCAGCACUUCAAAGAGAGCUAGGCGCCUAAACACCAUUGGAGAACUGGGCAAACAUCCUCCUGUGCACGCGUGUGCGAGAGUGUAUGCGUGUGCUCACGUACGUGUGACAGAGUGUGUGCGUGUGUGUGUGUGCUUGUGCGUGUGUGCUUCAGGAGUCAGUUCUGUUGAAGUCCACAGAGGAACUGGAGUAAGUGAGAUCAGAACCUGGGUCAUUAAGGGGAGUUCACCCCAGAUUUGUAACAAACACCCAACUUCCUAAGCACCUUUGAACCUUGCGCCGUCUGGAUUCCAGAGGAAUUAAAUUGAUCGACCCUCGAAACCAUCUGCCUCUUUAAGAGCGUCACUCAGGACAGUCCUGUUUCCAGCACAGUAAAAGACAAUCAGACCCUCUCUGGCCUUAGGUCCUUUCUGACCAUCUUCUAGCUUGAUCCAUAGCCGACUCUUAACCCAGCAACCCAAGGUAUCUGCUUCACCGAGCCGCUAACCGCUUUGCAUUCAGGUCUAGUUUACCGUUGCUUUUUGGUUGCAUUCUUUUAGUGUAAAAAAACCCAAUAAUAAUCUAAUACAUCUAACCUGCAAUACUUUCAUUUUGUAAAAUUGUUUUAAAUAUUUAAAUAUGUUGUCAUGCCAGGUUUGUAAAUAUUUGAAAGUUGUAAUUUUUUUUAAUAGAGCGAUCAUUCUUUAAAAAAAAAAGAGGUUUUAGGUUUCGUUUAAUUUAAUUAAACUGAUGGUGCAUUUUAUUUUGUGUUUGUUUGUCGCCCAGGGUUAUAUGUUUACUUGCAAGGGUUUAAAAAAAAAUAUUAUUCAGAAUGCACAUUGUAAUGAACAGGUUGUUGAAAAGUGUCCAGUUUUCUCUGCUAUUUUCAAUAAACUAGGUU